GGUGUGGUGAAAGAGGAAGGCUGUGAGGAAGGCUUGCGGUCACGAUGCAAAGGGCUCAGCACCUGCCCCUUGUGUCAGGCACACCAGCACUGCGACUGGGUGGAAAAUCAGUGUGUUCCAGCACCCAACAGGACAAUAACAACUGCUCUUACAAAUGGACCAGCUAGAGAGGCUAAUCCCAACCUUGGCUCGGAGAAUACUCUACAAACAGUGCAGAUAGACAAAGACAUGGCCAUUGGUACAGAGGCCACAUUGCUCUCUCACAAGCCUUGUCAGCCUAUCUGUGCACAGAGGACAUCAUGUACAAAUUGCACACAGAGUUCUUGCAUAUGGUGCUUCAACCAGCAGCGGUGUAUCGAGAAUAAUUCCUAUUUGGUCAGUUUCCCCUACGGUCAGUGUAGAGAAUGGACCACAGAUUCCAAGAGGUGCAUGGAUGUGGAGCCUGGAAUGAGCCGCUGCAGCAUCCACCAGACAUGUGAGAAAUGCCAAGCAGAUGUUGCAUGCGGUUGGUGCGAUGACGGAAGCGGUACAGGAAUUGGCACCUGCAUGGAGGGUGGUCAGAGAGGCCCUGUCAACCUGGUUACCAAAGCCAGGCAGUGGAAGAAGUGCCCCAGAUCGAACUGGUACUUCACCCAGUGUCCAUUAUGCAAUUGUAAUGGCCACAGCACUUGUGAGAAUCACAGCCAGUGCAUCAAGCCUUGUGCCAACAAUACUGAGGGAUCCCAUUGCCAGUACUGUGUAGGGAAAUUCUUUGGAAAACCAAUUAAUGGCGGACUUUGCAAACCUUGUAUGUGCAAUGAGCAUGGUGACACAUGCAAUCGUGAGACUGGUCGCUGCAAUUGUCACACAAAAGGGGUAACUGGUGAUCACUGUGACCAAUGUGACACUCAAAACAACUAUUUUGGUGAACCCCUGAAAGGAUCUUGUUUCUAUGAUCUUCACAUAGACUAUCAGUUUACUUUCAACCUCUCCAAACCUGAGGAUCGUCACAUACGCCAGAUCAACUUUAUGAACGUACCAGCAAAGAGUGAUGUAGAUACUAGCUUCAAAAUACAAUGUUCGAAGGCAACCAACAUCAAGAUAUCAUAUAAAAGGACUAAUAGUCACGAAACUUGGAUCAUACGUAACUUCAAUGGUAAAAGAAUGGAAAGGAAGUUCAGUUCUUCGGAUUACACGUUUGGGUUUCCAGACAACAACAGAUUUCACGUCUACGUCUACAACUUCACGACUCCCAUAGAGAUCAUUGUGUCGUUCUCCCAACACCCCAAGCUAAGUCUUGGGGAGUUCUUCUCCCUAUUCUCACUCUAAUAGUCAUGAAACCUGGAUCAUAUAAAACUUCACUGGUAAAAGAAUCACAAAGAGGUUCAGUUCUUCGGAUUACACGUUCGGGUCAGCAGACAACAACACAUUUCACGUUUACGUCUACAACUUCAUGCCUCCCAUAGAGAUCAGUGUAUCGUUCUCCCAACACCCCUAGCUGGACCUUGUGCAGUUCUCCCUAUUCUCACUGUAAGUGGCUAUUGUAUGUUUUAAAAUUGAAAAUAAAUGGAGACUCAGUGACAGACAUCGGCGGACUAGAUUUCGGAGUAGCAUUCAGACAUGUUGUUUUGCCUAUUCCUGGUAAGCCCAUUUGAAGUGAUAUAGUGCCCUUAUCGUGAUGGAAUAUAGUGGUCAGAAACGGGUUUUUGGACCUUGUGUUAAUUUUUGGAUCAAGUAGUCUUGAGAUUAUUUUUAGAUUUGUCUGUGACUAUAUAAUGGAAUAGGCAAUAGAUUUGAGUUUCAUGUUGAAGUAGUAUAUUAAGUAAACUUUUGAAGUUAAGAAUUGUUUAAUGGAUUAAAUAUAAGAUUUGAUUUUCAAGUUUAAGUUGGUCUUUUAAGUAAAAAGUAUAUAAUGGACUAGUAUAAGAUUAGAGUUUUAAGUUUGAGAAUAUAUUAAGUUAUAAAUAAGGAGCUAACAAUUACCUUUGAGAAAUCUCAAGUCUACACUGGAGAGUAAGAGUAAUUUUGUGUUUGGAUAACUGUGGUUAUCCUCCAAGUAUAUAUUAGUUCAGUAUUUCUUUGAUUAAGUUUUUGCUUUGACUUAGUAAUUGCUUGAUGAUAUUAAUUUAGUGCCAUAUUUGCUUGCUUAGUAUAUGGUCUUUAAUAUGAUAAAUUUCUGGAUAUUUUCUUGAUAUGUAUUAAUUUACUUUUUAAUGGAGAUGAUCUUAACCUUAAUUUAGUAAAGACAUUAAUGUAGUAUUUUAAUUAUUUGAGUUGAGUAUUGUAUAUAAUUUCAUUAGAGAUAAUUGUUUUAAUUUUCUUAUUGUGGGUAUUAAAAUUGCCUGUUCUGAUUUUAUAGCUGAUAACAUUUUGCUUUCAGUGAAUUUAUAUUUUAUUUUCAUGUUUGUCUUAAUUGGAAAAUUGUAGAAAUGUUGCAUAUUCAGAUUGGUGCAGUGAUUGUAUAUGAUAAUGAAGAAACUAAAUGUUUUUUUGAUUGGCAUAUUAAUUUGUAUGAUUGGUGUUGCAUAUUGGCUACUUUGAAUCG